CCCACCGUUCACAUCCCUCAUUCUGCCACCAACCACCGCCACCACCAGUACUACCACACAUCCAUCCAUCCUCCCUCACCUCUCUCUAGGUCUUCUUCUCUCCAACCUCCAUUACCGCAGCACCUCUCUUGAUCUUCUCUUGGUGUUCUUUCUCCCAGUUAGCUGCCGCCAGCAGCAAGAAGAUCAGAUAGCUGUUACUAGCAUAUAGGAUGAUCAGGAUAAUGAAGUAGCUAGAUAGGUUCCACAGGUGUGUAUCAGCUAGGUUUGUGUGUGUGCUGGCUCGUGAUUUGGAAGAACACAUCACACACCUUGUCUUACUCAGGUCAGGUGGCUACUAGCUAGCGAGGUAUAGUCAUCCGUCGAUCGAUGAUGGCCGGGGCACCGCCGAUGCACAUCUGCAUGGACUCGGACUGGCUCAAGGGCAUCGUCCCCGAGGAGCCCGGGAUGGGGUCGUCGUCGCCGUCGGCGGAGCUGAUCGCGUGCCCGCGGUCGGUGCACGCCGCGGCGGCGGACCGGCGCCUGCGGCCGCAGCACGACCAGCCGCUCAAGUGCCCGCGGUGCGAGUCCACGCACACCAAGUUCUGCUACUACAACAACUACAGCCUCUCGCAGCCGCGCUACUUCUGCAAGACGUGCCGCCGCUACUGGACCAAGGGCGGCUCGCUCCGCAACGUCCCCGUCGGCGGCGGCUGCCGCAAGAACAAGCGCGCCAGCGCCAAGAAACCCGCCGCGCCGCCGAUGCUGCAGGCGCACGGGCGGCAGGUGGUGGCGGAGACCGGCCUCCACCUGUCCUUCUCCGGCAUGCAGCAGCUGCCGCCGCCUCCGCCCGCCGCUGCGGACCCGCUGUGCAGCCUCGGCCUCCUGGACUGGAAGUACGACCCGAUCCUCGCAGGAUCGUCCGGCGGCGCGCUGGAUGGCGCCAGCUCCGAGGCGCACUUCGCGGGGGCCGGCAUGAUGGGCAUCCCCGGCGGCGGCGAGUGCCACGCGCUGAGCGCGCUCCGGUACGCGGCCGGCCUGGGCGACCACCUGCAGCUGCAGGGGCUGCCGUUCGGGGGGCGCGCCGAGCACGACGCCGUGGAGGCGAAGCCGGCGGCGGCGGAGAGGCUGCUGUCGCUGGACUGGUACGGCGAGGCGAGCCGCGCGCCGGAGAGCGCCAUCAGCUCGCUGGGCGCGCUGGGCCUGUGGAGCGGCAUGAUCGGCGGCGCGCACCAGCACCACGGCUCCUCCGCGGCCAUCUGAACUUGGCAGAAACGUGCCUCCAUACUUGCGUUGCAUGCAUUAGUGGUUUGCUAAUGGCGUUAACGAGUGACUAUGUAGGAGUGCCUGUUUUUUCUUCUUCUUCUUCUGCUGGUUUUGCUAUUGUCAUCUUCUGUUUGGUUUCAUCGUUUUGUUUGGACGAUCGAUGCUUGCAGCUCGUCAUUUCAGACGGUGUCUCUGUUGUUGUCCCACUUCAAUGUUCGAACAUUUGCUGUGGUUCGUUCUUCAAGAUUUUAACUGUGUGGAGUAUGUAGUAGAGCAUAGUAGUUCAAAUAUUUUCGUUAAUUGA